CCACUGUUUUGGGGGGUAGUCCCCCCUCCCACUCCCCCAUGUCAAUGUAGGAAGUGAAGGGCUGAGAGUGGGAGAAUUGUAAACAAUUGGCCACUUCUCUGGCCAGCGUGGCAGGGGCUCCUGAUGUCAUUUCCUUGUUGGAGCAGCAGAGAGCAGGCGGGAAUAGGGCCCAGAGUUGGACUCUGGUCUGUGUUUCAUCAUCAGAAGAGGCACCCUUAAGACUCUUGUUGGCUGUUGGGAAUUGCCAGAGCUUCUCUUCCUGGUCCGAAUCAUUCGUUGAUUUAAACAAUCAGGGAACUAUAAUUGCUCUAUUAGCCACUGCCCCUCCGUGCUCAGGACUCAAACUUGAAAUCCCAGAAGCCCAGAGAUCCAUGUACUUUCUGGGUUUUUAGUUUGUUUGUUUUUUGUUGCUGGACUGAUUAAGUGAAAGGCCAAGAAUGAAGAGCGACCCAGAGCGGAGAUCCCUAUCCUUGAGUGGAUCAGGUUCUCCUACAUGUCAUUAGGCGGUUAUCGGCAUUCCCAAGUCACUCAUUAAACAUAAAUAAGCUCAUUGCACAAUCUGCUAGCUAGAUGGAGGCUCUUGGCCUGGGAGCAGCUGGGUCUUGGAGGUGUUUGCUCAUAACCUUUUCUCUCACCACACCCGGAGGCUCUUGGGAGGAGCUGAUGUUUGAGCGGCUGUGCCAGGAUGCCGUCUUUGUCGGGACUGGGGCUUUGCCGCCUUCCUGGGUCCUGCCACAUCCUUCUCACACAGCUCGUGGGUGCUCAGGGAGAGGAACCGAUUUCCCCUCCUGGAGACGUGAUGCGGAGGACUUCUGGGGGAGAUUGAGUAGGUGGCCAGAGACUGGGAUGGAUGGAUCCUGCGUUUGGGGCACGUAGGACCUCGAUGCUGAUGUCUCGAGCCGUGGGAAGAUGGAUAGACCAGGGUUUGGCAGAGUAUUCAGAUUCUUCCGUCUUCGGCUUCCCCGGAGACCACGAUGGACAGUUCCUGCUGAGGAAACCUGUGGAGAAGGCAAAAAAGAAACAGAAGAGAGCAUCAGAGAGUCCUCCUUGACCAACUACACAGGGGGACCACACUUUUUUGAAUAUCUCUUUGUGGUUUCUCUCAAAAAAAAGAAUUCAGGGGAUGAUUAUGAGCCCACCAUAACCUACCAGUUCCCAAAGCGAGAAAAUCUGCUCCGGGGCCAGAAGGAAGAAGAAGAACGAUUACAUGGCGCCAUUCCGUUAUUCUGUUUCCCCGAUGGCAACGAGUGGGCGCCACUCACUGAAUAUCCCAGGGAAACCUUUUCUUUUGUCCUGACCAACAUGGAUGGGACCAGGAAGAUCGGCUACUGCAGGCGACUUUUGCCCGCUGGCCGAGGCCCCCGGCUCCCGAGAGUGUACUGCAUCAUCAGUUGCAUUGGCUGCUUCGGCUUGUUCUCCAAGAUCUUGGAUGAGGUAGAAAAGAGGCACCAGAUCUCCAUGGCUGUGAUCUAUCCAUUCAUGCAAGGUCUUCGGGAGUCUGCCUUCCCGGCCCCAGGGAAGACCGUCACCCUCAAGAGCUUCAUUCCUGACUCAGGGACGGAGUUCAUUUCUCUGACUCGACCCCUGGACUCCCGCUUGGAGCAUGUGGAUCUUCGAUCCCUCCUGGGAUGCCUGAGUCAUGAGCAGAUCCUACAAAUCUUUGCCUCCGCAGCCCUAGAGAGAAGAAUCAUCUUCCUGGCCGAGGAUCUCAGCACGCUGUCCCAGUGCAUCCAUGCUGCCGCCGCCCUGCUCUACCCCUUCAGCUGGGCCCACACCUACAUCCCGGUGGUCCCCGAGAGCCUUCUGGCCACCGUGUGCUCCCCUACGCCCUUCAUGGUUGGGGUUCAAAAGCGGUUUAUCCAAGAAGUUCUGGACAGCCCUAUGGAAGAGGUUCUGCUGGUGGAUCUGUGUGCAGGCACCUUCUUAAAGUCAGUUGGAGAUGAGGGGGACGUCUUGCCACCCAAGCUGCAGAAUGACAUUUUGACUUCUCUUGCCCAGGGGAAUAAUGACCUGCAGACACUGGAACAGAUCAAUGAGCAUGUCUCAGGUCCUUUCGUGCAGUUUUUCAUCAGGACUGUGGGCCAUUAUGCCUCCCACAUCAAGUGGGGGUCAGAUAGGCAAGGCCACUUCCAGGAGAAAUCCUUCUGUAAAGCCCUGACCUCUAAAACAAAACGUCGGUUUGUGAAGAAAUUUGUAAAGACGCAGCUAUUCUCCCUUUUCAUCCAGGAAGCAGAGAAGAGCAGGACAUCCCAUGCAGGGUACUUCCGACAGAAAAUCACUGAAUAUGAGGAACAGAAGAAACAGAAGAAACCAAAAGAAAAGACUGUGAAUAAGUGAUGUGGGAGAGCAGGGUCACUACUCAAGCCUACGGCCCAGCUCUGUCUGCAGAGGACUUGGACUCUGUCCUGAGCCAGCGCUGGUUUGGUCUCGGGACCCCAGCAUCGUCAGGUUCAAGGAUGGGUUACUUUUGGCAGCCAAGCCCUGUUUCCAGCUGGUACUUGGAGCUGGUACUCAGGAUCUUCAGGGGGACCGGCUUUUUCCUUCCUGAGAAGAGAUCCCAGGGCGCUCUCCCCUUGUUUUCUGGAGGGGAUGCCAAAUCAGGCGGUGAUUAGGUAAUAGCUACUGUGACUCCCCUGGGUAUUCUCUGUCCUAGAAAUUCUGGGCCUGGUGUGUUGCUCCUUCCUUAGGGACUAAUAUACUCAGCAUCCAGUAUGGUAAGUGCAGAGAACAGCUUUCACCCAGAGGCUCAAACCUUUAAAAAAACAACCUGUAAGAAUGUGAAUAAAGGUAGAAAAUGUU